UAGGUUAUCGACGGUCAAAGUUAGAGGACAUUUACAUUUAGUUAUUUUGCGGAGAAUGCAUCAAGAUGAUGGGGCGAGAAGUUCCAUCAAGAUGUUCGCUAAUAUAUUUAUUUCGUUUAUCGGCGCUGGAAUUUUGGGAAUGCCUCACGCUUUUAAAGAGGCGGGAGUUAUCGAAGGAAGCGCGAUCAUGGCAUUGAUUGGUACUCUAAGUGUAAAAGCAAUGCUAUUGAUUAUUGACUGCAAGAAAAAGUUAACAUGGAAGAAAAGGGAUCAUGUUAAGGGAGCUGUAAUUUCAGUGGAUGGAAAGGUUGCUUCAGAGGAGAAGGAAUUAUUAAAGGCAGCUGAAAGUGGAGAAGUAACAGACAAAGUAAUGGAAGAUGGGGUGGAUGAUCUCCUAUUGCAGAGUGCAGCCCAUGAGAUUGAUUAUGGAGAUCUUGGUUUUCAUGCAUUGGGAAAUUCUGGUAGAGCCUUGGUUGAUACAAGCAUAGUAAUUUCUCAGAUAGGGUUUUCUUGUGCAUAUUUAAUCUUUAUCUCUGAUACUCUUAACAACAUGUUGCCAGUUCUCAGCAAACACCAGUAUUUAAUGACUCUACUACCUCCACUUGCAGUUUUGGUAAACUUCAGACAUUUAAAGAAGUUAGCUAUAUUCAGUCUUUUUGCAGAUUUUGCCAAUGUUUUUGCCUACUGUGUAGUCUUUUGGUUUGAUUUUGCACACUUUGAGAAAGUAAAGAUUCACCCACAAAUUGCUAGGAUAAGUGGCCUACCAUUUUUCUUAGGAGUGGCAAUAUAUUGUUACGAGGGGGCAGGAUUAAUAUUGUCAUUGGAAGCAUCCUGUGCAAGAGAUUCACGAGAUAAAUUUAGAUCAGUAUUUAAGCUGACAUUGUUUCUAGUUACAACACUGUAUAUUGCGUUUGGUGUCUGUGGUUACCUGUCUUUUGGAGAAAACACACAGCAAAUGAUCACUCUAAAUUUACCUCUUGGUCCAUUUCCUGCUGUAGUUCAACUUUGUCUUUGUUUCUCAUUAUUUUUUACUUACCCAAUUAUGAUGUUCCCUGUAGUGCUAUUAUUAGAGAAGAAACUUCUUCCAGAUGGAGGGAAAAGCAGCUACUACCAAGGAACUGUUUUACGAGCUUGUGUUGUAGUACUUUCCGGAAUUGUUGUGCUUGUGAUUCCAAACUUCUCCACACUCAUGGCAUUCUUUGGAUCUAGCUGUUGUACUCUGUUAGGAUUUGUUUUACCUGGAAUAUUUCAUCUACGAAUUUUUGAAGGGCAUCUCACCAAAGGAGAAUGGUUUAUUGACAUAUUAAUCAUAUUUCUUGGAUUAGUUGGUGCUGUUAUAGGAACAAGAGACGCUCUUUUAAGGCUGCUGUCUGGCUCCUGACUCUGUAGUGCUUUAUCUGGGACAUAAAACAGAGUUUUUGUUUAUAUGUUUUGAUAACUUAUUCAUCAAAAGCCAAACCAACAAGAAAAUAGGAUGAAAUAAUUU